AUGGAGCCGGCAGAGGGGAGCGGAGGGCCCGCUGGAGUUCAAGAUGUUCCUAGAGGCCGGGCGCUGGGUGGGGGCGGCCGUCUCUUGCCUGCAGAAGCGGGCCUGGCCGCUUGGCUCUGGGAAACAGACACCGCUCGGCAAGAGGCUCCAAGAAGCUCCAACAUCCGCCAGAAACGGGACAGGGCUGAGCAGGACCGUCAGGCUGGGGGCGGGGGUCGCGGCGGCGUUCUGGGCCACGACGCGAGUGGACCCGCGAGGAGCGAGAGCCGGGCCGCCCGGGGCGGACACGGCGGAGGCCCUCCCAGCUCCACUGUGCCUGUGGGGUGGGGGCACAGGGGCUGCGGCAGCCUCUCCUCCCUGGGACCCAGCACGGGGCGGUCAGAGCAGAAGCGCGGGGCAGCCGCGGCCCCCAAGGCCACACGGGCAGUCGCGGGCCCUGGGGGCCCCGAGCUCGCCUUCCUUCGCUUCUUCCGCACGGCCUCCCACCGGCACAUCCUCAUCUUCUCCUCAGCCGACCUUCCCCGAGGCUCCACCUCACAGACACGAUGCAGACCACAGGGCCUGGGUUGUAAUAUCUGA